UGGACUCAGUGGAGCUCAGUCUUAAAGCUGAUGAAACAUCUUGUUGAUUUCAAUCAAUAUAGACUCCAGGCCCCCAGCGACCCUGUACCCAGGAUACAUGGGAUAGAAGGUGUUUCCCACUUCCCUGCUCAAAUUGAACAUGAUGAAACGCCCCUCGAGUCUGGGUAUAAUGCACAGCAGAGGAACUUUGGUGGGCUGAAAGGACGUGUGGAUGUUCUCGUGUGUCUUUAGCUGGGUGGGCUUGCUAAAGACUGGUCUAGACAUAAGACAGUGCAAGGAAAUAAAGGGAGUGUUGUUCCUGCAAAAUAGGAAACCUGCCGUCAACUAAGUCCAAAGCAAAUAUAGUGCGGAGUGCACGGAACACAGAAGUGGAAAAAGAAACGUGGACUCAGUGGAGCUCAACCUCAAAGCUGGUGAAACAUCUUGUUCAUUUCCAUUAUUGUUGAUUUACCAUCAUUAUAGAGAAAGUGAUCAUGGCAUUUUUGCUGGGUUUCGUCACCAUGCUCCAUCUCUUCACACUAGGGGUUCUGUUAAUUGCCACCUUUGGAAAGGACUGGUGGGUGUGGAGCAGCACGGAGAGGGCAGACCUGUGGAACAGCUGCAGAUUCGACAAUGAAACAUAUUUAUGGCUUUGUUUGCCAUUAAAAGAGACAGAGUGGCUUCAUGCUGUCCAAGUCCUGAUGAUCUUGUCUGCUGUAUUUUGCUUCGUCUCAUUUCUCGUUUUCUUCAUUCAGCUAUUUAUUAUGUCAAAAGGUGGCCUUUUCUACAUUACAGGAGUCUGCCAAGCAUUUGCAGGUCUUACAACUUUCACUGGGGUCCUCAUCUACACGAUACACAGCAAAAAAGUCCUUCAGGACUCUAAACAUUUAAACUCUGGACACUUCGGUUACUGUUAUAUUUCGGGAUGGGUUUGUGUGCUUUUGUUAACAUGGAGUGGAAUCAUGUACAUUUAUUUGCGCAAAAAAGACUAGCGUUACAGUUGGCUCCUGAUCGAGGUAAAUAUAAAACAGCAACUGCUAUAUGUAUAUAUAAAUUGCAUUACUUUUAUAUUGUGACAAACAAACUUAUUUUGUUAGACAAUGGACUGUACCUCACUAUCUUACAUACUAUAUACAUAUUCAUGUACACAGUAUAUAUGCACACAAUUUUUUUCUUGUGAAUAAAACCUGAUUUAAAGAUCUUAAAGGUAGUAAUUAUGUAAAAUGCCCCUGCAUUAGAUAAUAAGCUCAGAAAUCAUGAACUGAAUAUAGUGAAACCUAAAUGUCACAAUAACAGUGGUCCACCAUUAUUUUAUUGUGAUAUGAAAUGGUAAAUGUCAGUAAAAAAUGCAAUCUCUACAAUAAUGCAGUGCUCUCAGUGUUACCAUUUUUUUUUAGAGAUGUUAUGUCUCAUGAUGAACAUAUGACCGGUUCUGUGCUAAUAGCCACACAAUAAGUAUUUUUUUAGAGAUGUUAUGUCUCAUGAUGAACAUAUGACCGGUUCUGUGCUAAUAGCCACACAAUAAGCAUGAAGUUCCUACAGGAAAAGCCUCCUCUUUUGUUAUACCAGCAAUUAGCUAGGCUUAAUAUUUAAUAUGGCACCACAGAAUUAAGAAAAUCCCUGUGUACAGUACCUGUCAAACAUUUGGACACCCUCUAAUUCCACUGUCUUUUCUGAUUAUUUCUUUCUACAUUGUAAAACAAUGCUGAAGGCACCCAAAAUACACAAUAAUCUCCUUUGAAAUGUUAAGAUGUGUCUGGUACCUACAGUAUACAUAGUAAAUUCUUCAUAACAACUCUAAUCUAAGGUGAUUAAUUGAUUUUUGGGGCUGGUAACUCUAAAUGAAGUUCUCCUCUGCAGCAGAGGUAGGUUUUGGUCUUGCUUUCCUAGAAAGGUCUUCAUAGAAGCUAUUUUUAUCAUGGGUGCUUGAUGGGUUUUGCGAACCUAACAAUACUUUUCUUGCAAGAACUAUUCAAGACCUUUGUGUCUUAAAAUAACAACUGACUGUUAUUGCUAAGUGUUUUGAAAAAAAUCCAAUAGGGUUGUGGAAUGUAGAAAAUAAAUCCAAAUUUGUGUUCAAACUUUAUAACUAGUACUGAAAAUUAAGUAAAAAUGAAAAAAAGCUCUCCGGUGGUAGACAG